AUGUUUGACAAAGAAAAUAAAGGAUACAUAAAAGCAACGCAGGUUGGUCAAAUUUUGAGAACAAUGGGCCAGGCAUUUGAAGAGCGCGAUUUGAAACAACUCAUCAGGGAAUUCGAUUCAGAUGGAUCUGGUGAAAUUGAGUUUGAAGAAUUUGCUGCAAUGGUGGCAAGUUUUGUAGUUGAAGAUGAUAACACAGGUUUGGAAGAAGAACUUCGUGAAGCAUUUCGUCUUUAUGACAAAGAGGUUUGUUUCUUCUCUUUUCUCCUCAAAUAUAAUAUAAUAUAA